CCACCCUCAUACCGAGGACCGCGAUGCCAAUGAAACGCUGCACGACAUAUCAAACUCAGCUCAUGGGCGCGUCAUUGCCGUCGACUUGGACGAUGUCCUCAGCAUGACGAACCAGGAGGCUGCCGACUGGCAUAACGAGACGUAUGGCUCGGACAUGAGCGUCAACCAAUUCUACUAUUAUCAUUGGUGGAAGAACCCUCACUGGGGUAAACCUCGCGACACGAUUCACAAGGUCAAGCAGAUGUACGCGACGGGGCGCGUGUACGCCGCGUCGCCCGUGCUCGGCGCGGCCGAGGGCCUGCAAAAGCUGAAGGACAUGGGAUACCGGCUCGUUGUCGUCACCGCUCGCGAGCGCGCCGAGCUCCCGCCGACGGAGGAGUGGCUGGAAAAGUACUUCCCUGACGUCUUCCACGACAUCGUGUGCACCGGCAGCUCGUUCACGUUCGUCGGAGAGGGCGGGCAUCAGAUCACGACCAAGAUGUCCAAGGUUCAGGCCUGCCAAGACCUCGGCGCCCAGGUCCUCAUCGACGACUCGAUCGAGAACGCGCUGAUCGUCGCGGGCGCCUCGCCUCCCAUCCCGGUGCUCCUCUUCGGCGAGCACCAGUGGAACAAGCGCGUCUCCGAAGUGCGGUCCUCUGCGCCCUCUAAAGCCGACGGGUCUUCGGCCGGUUCGGGGCAGGACGAGUCGGAACUGGACGUGACGCAGAUGAGCUUCGAAGAGCGGUUGCAGCGCGAGGGCGGGCACGAAUGGUGGAAGGACGAGGAGGCGUCCGCGCAGGAACAGAUCGCGCAGCGCCCGAUACACAGGGUCAAGAACUGGGACGAGGUCGUGCGAUGGGUCGAACAGAACCUUCAACCUAAGGACUCCUCAGGCUGAUCUCGCGUUAAUUGUGAGGCUUGCAGCAAUACACCCCACACCACAAGAAAUAUCGUGUAACGUCAUGAUAUAUUCUAGCCGUCAUUUUGGAGCCGUACAUGAAACAAGAGUGAUAAUGAUAUACAC